AUGUUGUCCUUCAUCACCAUUCUCAGAUCCACAAGUGUGUCUUCCUCAGAUUUCAAGGACGCUGUCCAGCUUUUUGACCGAAUGCCAACCAAUGAGAUGAAGAUCACCUUUGCCCAGUGUGGAGACGUCAUCAGAGGUGAGGGAAGUGAUGCACAUUCCUCUCACAUGUGUGUGUUUUCAGAGAUGAACGUGAAGAUGUUGGACUUUGAUCAGUUCCUGCCCAUGCACCAGCACAUCUGCAAUGCUAAAGGGCGCGGCACGUUUGAGGACUUCGUUGAGGGACUGAGAGUCUUCGAUACACGUCCUCGCCACGCUGGCCUUUAUAAAGUACAUCAUGGCUGGCUGAUCAUGGCUGGCUGAGCAGAUUCAGGAAUGCUGAUUAAGGAGCCAAACAUCUCUUCCUUUCUUUUUCUUCAUUUUUUAUAAAACUCUUUGCACCCUCUCUGCUUGUCCUGUCUUCCUCUUCCUUUUCUUCUUCCUCUUCAUCUCAUCACUUCCUGUUCUGAAGGUGUUGUACGUCACAUCGCUGUUCGUUUUGUGGAUCAAAGAAAAAUGAUUAAAGGUUUAUGCUUGAUUAAA